CGGGGGAGGCGGGGAAGGGGCUGACAGGAAUGGAGAAAAUAGGGGAUGGAGAAGAAGCGGGUGCGCAGAGGGCAGAGGAAACGCGGGUGUUUCCAACGGCUGUGAAGCUAGAAGAUAUGAGCUGGUCGGAAAUGGAAGAAGGUGUGCUGGGCGGCCGGUGGAUAAAGCAGGAGGUGGAGGACGGGCCCGAGGUGAAGGAGGAGAAACCGGACACCUGGGAGGUGAAGCAGGAGGCGGACGGCGGUGUGGUGGUGAAAGAAGAGAAGGUGGAUGGUCCAGAGAUAAAGGAAGAGAAAGUGAAGGUGAAGGAAGAGGUGAUGGACUGGCCAGAAGUGAAGGAAGAGAGGAAAGAUAACUUGGAGAUAAAACAGGAAGAGAUGGUGUUUGCUCAGAACAUAAAGGAAGAGACGAUGGAUGAGGUGUGUGUGAAAGAAGAAAAGUAUUUCCCGAAGGAAGAAAUGCUGGAUGACACGAAGGUGAAAGAAGAGCCGCAGAUUAGUUGCCCCGUGGGCUCGAAGCGGAAACUGGCCAUGUCAAGAUGUGAAACUUGUGGUACAGAAGAAGCCAAGUACAGAUGUCCACGUUGUAUGCGGCAUUCUUGCAGUUUGCCCUGUGUAAAGAAACACAAAGCAGAACUGACAUGUAAUGGAGUUCGAGAUAAAACUGCCUAUGUUUCAUUACAACAGUUUACUGAAAUGGAUCUCCUAAGUGAUUAUCGAUUUUUGGAAGAUGUGGCAAGAACAGCAGACCAUAUUUCCAGAGAUGCUUUAUUGAAAAGAUCAUUAAGCAAUAAACAUAUGUGCUUUAUAAAAAAUCGUGCUCGAAGGCAAGGUAUUAACUUAAAACUUCUACCCAAUGGGUUCACCAAGAGGAAAGAAAAUUCAACAUUUUUCGAUAAGAAAAAACAACAGUUUUGUUGGCAUGUGAAGCUCCAGUUUCCUCAGAGUCAAGCUGUGUACAUAGAAAAAAGAGUACCCGACGAUAAAACUAUUAAUGAAAUCUUAGCAACUUACAUUGACCCAGAAAAGUCUGAUCCUGUAAUUCGUCAAAGAUUGAAAGCCUACAUUCGCUCUCAGACUGGGGUCCAAAUUUUAAUGAAGGUCGAAAAUAUGCAGCAAAAUUUAGUAAGAUAUUAUGAACUGGAUCCUCACAAGAGUCUCCUUGACAAUUUGAGGAACAAAGUGAUCAUUGAGUACCCAACAUUACAUGUGGUAUUGAAAGAAUCCAGUAAAGACAUGAACGUUCUUCACGAAGUGAAAAGUGAAUCUACCAAGAACAUUGGCAAUGAAAAUUGAGCACUUCUGGAGGAAGGAAAUAUCGAGGUUGCAGAGGACGAUGCAUUGACUAACUACUGUUGGGUGAUUGGGUGUAUUGUCAGUGGGUUUGUGCGAUUUUUUGUUUUUCUGAAAAGUAAACAAUCUAAAAAAAUUUUUUUUAAAAAAAGAUGUGUUUUCUAGCCUCUUGAAUUGACUUACGAGACCUUAUUCCUAUUAACCCCUCUUUUGCACCUGGUUGUCCUAGUGCUUAUUUUAAUUAGAUCCUGGCUUUUAGUAUGUUCAGUUAUAUAGUCUGAAACAUUUUCUGAUUUGAUACAAGGCCAAACCCAAGGAUCACCUUUGUCAGCCACAAAGGUGUCAAAAGGCCAUGUGACACACCAGCUAACCACCAGUUGCCCAUUCUUGCCUUUGAUAUUUGUAUGUAACUUACCCUCUUGAGAUAAAUGAAUGGGUCUUUUCUACUUGGUAACACCCAGUAGUAUGUCCUAUAUAAAGGCUGAAUAAAUACAUUUAGCUACUAUUUCUUAUAUUCAGUCAGAAAGUUAGCAACUCCACAUCAUUGUUUGAACCAUCAAUGCUCACAAAUGUGGCCGCACUUGUUCUCACAGUGAGCUGUGUCCUAUGAAUUCUGUGCCUUUUAUCCAUUUUCACUGCACUCUUGUCAUUGCCACACAGGGGUGUUGUGAUGACCAGUUUUAGGCUGUGUUUUGAAACAUCCAGCAAUAACUGAAGGAAAAACACUUGGAACUCUUUAGUGUUGUUGGAUUGUAUAUGUGUAUGUAUGAUAUACCUGGCUUAAUUUAUACCUUAUGGCAGCUCUGUAUACAUUAUGAUCUCACAUAUUGAAAUUAAAUGUUCCUAGUUUUAUUGGAAUUCAUACAGUUAUGAAAUUGCAGCAUGACUAUAAAAGAGUAAAAGAUUAUUACAUCUGUGUUGCAUCUGUGUACUUAAUGGUUAAGAAAAACAAAGAUAAAAUUGGACAUUGGUGAUAUCCAUUUUUAGUUUAUGAUUGGAAUAAGUUUUAGACCAAAAGGAAACCAAAGGCAUUAAUUUAAAGAGAUUUGGAAAGAUUAGAAAUAUGAAAAAAUACAUAAUGAGAAGAUGAGCCUAGAAGAAACUUGUAGAACACAAAUAUAUAAAAUUUGUGGUAGAAAUUGUGGAAGAGAAUACAAAGACAGUAAUGCCACAAAGACCAGUUGGUAUAAAAUUGUGGAAAUGGGAUUUAUAGGAAAUAAGUUAUUGUAGUCUAAAAUACAUAUACUUCCUAAAGCAACUUCAGGAAUCUUCUCCCUCAUUCAGUAAAAAAUUUCUUUAGAAUUAUGUCAUUCACAGUACUGCUGGGGAGACAACUAAAUGGCAUUUCAAAGGAUUCAUAUUUAAUCUAAAAGGGAAAUUUGUCUUCUUGAAACAGGCAAGAAAUAGAAUGAAUUGAAUCAAAAGUGUGAAUAGAUGAAUAGAAUUGUUAUUGGGAAAAGUGGGGCGAGGUACAUAAAUGAACAUGUGAUCUGAAAUCAGGGUGGAGAGGAAUUUCCUGACAAUGAAAUCUGUUAUGAUGUAGUCUCAUUUCCAAGAAAAGUGUUGAGUUCCAUCUCUUUUAGAAUUUAAACUGAAAACUGGACAAAAACCAAAGAAUUUAUACUAUGUUUUCCCCCUGCCCAGAAGGCAAAAGAAAGGGGGCGGAAAUCUGCAUGAUGUAAUAAUGCAUCUUUGCCAUCUCUAUAGAAUUGUACUAAACUUUUCAAUUAUAGACUAUUCCUUAGGAAAGAAUUUAACUAGCACAGUUCCCUUAAAUGAACUAUCAGCUCAUGUGAGUAAUAUGCACUUUUAUUCCCAUAGGAUUUACAAUAAACAUGUGUUUUAGUGAAUAACCAUGUCAACUGCUUGGAGGGGGUGAAAUUGGAAUAAUUGAGGUCUCUAGAAGUUUGUAGUAUUAACACCCAAUGUCUUUUUUUAGAGUCCCUCUCCAUUUUGAAUUCUUGACAAAUUCUGAUGCAUAAACAAAUUCCCUGACCCAUGUUAAGUGCAACAUCCUGCAUUUUGUUCAUGACUCACAUUUUAAAAGGAGUAAAGCUCCACCUGGCCUUCUUUAUUUUUUAAACAAUGAUUUCAAAGAGAAGGUAGGCCUUUCAUAAUUGCAAAUUAUUAUAUGUGGGAUUAUUAGCCAUAAAUUACUGUAAACAAAUCUUGCACCUGUUCACAUUAUAAAUAUAAAUUAAAGAGAAUUACUAUCAUUUAACUCUAUAACUUAAAUAUAAUUUAAAUUUAACUAUGUAAUUUAAAUAUAAAGAUAUUUAAGAAUACAAAGUGUAGUUGAGCCAAUUUGUUUCCCUGUAGCAAGUGGUGGGAUUCAGGCUUCAUGAUGUAGAGUAAAUCAUUAAACACAUACCUGUAAUGCCGAAAAUUUCCUUGCUACAUUUUGUUUAAUUUGGUUGACAUAUACAAGUGACAUAUACAAGAUACCUAGUUUGCUUUUAUUUAAUCAUACACCACUGCAUUAAACUGUGUUGAGUUUAUUCUCAGGUAGAUAUUGUGUACUUUUGAUUAUUAAUCAAUUGUCCCUUAGAAACUCAAUUCAAAGUAGUGUCAGCCUGAAGGGCAAUCAAUUUAUUAGUUCAUAAACAGGAAAGUUUAUCUAGAUCCAAACACCCAAAGAAGCCAUCUUUCCAUCUCCCACACUUGCCUCUGGUUUUUUUCUUCCUGGAUUGGUUUUCUCAUCUAAGCAGACUCUUUAGGGAUGCUCUUUUUGGGGUGGGAGACAGCGAGGUGAGGAUGUUGGGUGACAAUUUCAGCUUACGUCAUCAUAACCAGAGCAUGGUAGUAAGUUGUGUAAAAUGUGGGGGAAGAACUUUGAUUUUGUCUAGGUUGGGUCGCCUUUCAUCCCUGAGCUGAUCAGGAGAGGAGUUCCCCCAAGAGAAAGGGAAAUGAUCAGAAUACCAAGCACUAGGCUCUCCCGAGACAGCCUGCCAUUUCCUCUCCUGGCUUCACCUUCACCAAGAGUUAAGAAUUUGAGCCCACGUGCAUUUGUGAACAGGGGCUAGGUGAACAACGGAAAUGAUUCAUCUUAUUUCGGGCAGCAUUAUUGAUGAGGGUUAUUAUAAAUUAUUUUACAAAUGAGAAAACCAAGGAACAUAGAUGUUAAAGCUUAUUCUUAGGUCCAGCUGUUAAAUGAUAAAUAAUGGAGCUUGGAUGUUUUUCUUCUCUUAAUUCCUGUCUGUACCUGGCAUUAUCUUUCUUCCUGUCUAUAUAAGUAUUGAUAAAAUUAUUCUGUAUUUAACUGGUCUUGAAGGCCAAACCUGUUGUUGAUACUUACAUCAUCACAGCAUCAAGCACAGUUUCUGGCAUAAAGUUAAGCCCUCAAUAAAGACGAGGUGUUGAGAUGAGGUGGGAGGAGUAGGGAAGUUCUCCAGGUUGAAAACAAAAAAACUUUUUAAAGCUUUCUAGUACAUUGUUAUCUCCCAGUCUAUAGGAAAGCCCCUGACUCAGGAUAAUAUUAGUAGCUGAAAACUCAGAACUUAGCAUAAGCUAGGCACCACUCUAGGCACAUUAUAGCUGUUAAUCAUUGCAUCCUCAUUAUCCUGUGAGGUGGGCACUGCUGUGUUUCAUGGAACCCAAAAUGUCAUUAAUUAAAAAUGUGCCAUUUAAUGUAACACUAAGAAAGAAAAAAAAAAUGCUGCCAAGCUUUGCGCAGUGGCAGUAUCGUUGCCAAUGAGGUUUAUCCGAGGCGCGAUUAUUGCUAAUUGAAAAAAAA